AUGAGAAGUCUCACAUACUUUGAUUCCAUGGGUGUGCCCAGAAUAAUGGCACAAAUCCUUGAUGGCAAAGGCUUAGCGAAAGAGAUCCAAGGAGAAUUGAAGAUUAAAAUUUCUGAUUGGGUUAAGAUGGGUUAUAGAUCUCCGUCUAUAUGCUGUAUAAUUGUUGGUGAUGAUCCGGCCAGCCAUACUUAUGUGAAAUAUAAAAUUCAAGCCGCGACAGAAGUUGGUAUUGCUGCACAGACUAUAAAAUAUCAAGAGACAUUAACAGAAAAUGAAUUACUAACAGAAAUUGAAACUUUAAAUAACAAUAAGGAUGUUGACGGUAUAUUAGUGCAAUUACCGUUACCUAACGGGAUGGAUGAGAGGAAAGUGUGUAAUGCAAUUGCUCCAGAAAAAGAUGUGGAUGGCUUUCAUAUAACGAAUGUGGGGCAACUGUGUCUGGAUAUGCCAACAAUUGUACCGGCCACUGCCCUUGCCGUUAUAGAAAUGCUUAAAAGGUUCAAAAUCCAGACAUAUGGACGUAACGCGGUGGUAGUGGGACGGUCUAAGAACGUAGGUAUGCCGAUAGCCAUGAUGUUACACAGUGACAAGAAUCAUGACAGCGGCUUAGGAAUGGACGCAACAGUGACAAUAUGUCAUAGAUACACGCCUCCCGAGCAGUUAGAGAUACAUUGCCGUAAUGCCGAUAUCAUCGUGUCGGCUACCGGUGUACCGAAGCUUAUAAAAGCGAAUAUGAUCAAGCCUGGCGCUACAGUGAUAGACGUUGGGAUCACACGGAUAACAGAUGAGGAAGGAAAAACGAAAUUGGUCGGAGACGUCGAUUAUGAGGAGGUAGUCAAAGUGGCAGGUGCAAUAACUCCAGUACCGGGAGGCGUAGGGCCAAUGACGGUGGCAAUGCUAAUGCAUAACACUUUCCAAGCCGCACAGAGGCAUCAAGAUCUAAAC